CUUUUUUGCGGAGGAGGACUGACCGAGCAUAUCAUUCGGUCGUCUCCGUCGUCUCCGUCGUCUCGAAUAACCGCCAGUGGACAUCAUUGAUCAAAUCCGACCCCCACCCAACAACCAUGUCACGAUUCGGCGCCAAAAAGGGCCGCAAGCUCCCCGGAGCAGAAUUCAGCUGGGACACCGAUGGAAACGGCGAGCCCGACACGGCGCCCACGCCGCUCUUCCCAAAAUUCUCCGUACCCCGCGCGCGGCCGUUAAGCGCACGCGAACAACUCCAGGUCGACUACUACCGGGGCCUGCGCGAGCGCUAUCACGAUGGACCUUACUACUCGAUAUUGGACUCAGCGUCUACGGCAGCGAAGAAGGGGAGUGUGGCGCGAGUGAACUUUGACAGUUUUCAUGGGAUGCCGACUUAUUCGGGGCGGUAUCAGCGGAAGAAGAGGACGAUGCCGAGGAUGGGGGGGAGGUCGUAUAUUAUGAAAUUCUUCCCGCGCGAGCUCUGGCAGACGAUCCAGCCUACGUUCAAGCCAGACGCUGCGAUGGACGGGUACGCGGGUCAGUUUGCGCGAGCGACUGCUAAGCGCGGGUUCGAGGACGAUGAAGAGGAAGAUGAGGAGGACGAGACGAAGCGGAAGCGGACGGGCGGGGAGGAGGAGGAGGAUAACGAGAAGGACAUUCUCGAGGGAGAGGAGGAGGGCGAGGAGGAAGAGAUCGUGGAUGAUGAUUUCGAGGACGACGAGGACGAGAUGGGUGGGGAUUACAACGCGGAGCAGUACUUUGACGGUGGAGACGACGAGUACGGGGAUGAUGGAUUCGGGGAUGGCGGUGGUGGGGGAGGCGAUGAGGAAACGUACUAAGCGGUUGUUGAGAUACCCUUGCUUUGAUUAUUUGGAUUGUGGAGCUGCAUCUAGGCGUUUGCCUGUGGAUCAGGAGAUUGUUUGGC